AGCUUACAGGGGCUACAUCAGUAGACUGACUCCGCAUUUUCAACGGCUCAUAAGGGUAGUGCUGUGUAUCGAAUUAGGUUUUGAGGGUCUAACAAUCAUACCAAAAAAGGUCGCAACACUACGACACCUUUGGAUAAAAAAAAAAAAAGAACUGCAGCUUUCGCUAUCAACAACAUGGCUGGCCAAUUUAAGGCCAUUUUGACUUGUUUGUUUACGUUGCUGGCAAUCGUACACACAGUGAGCGGGGGCGAAUAUUGCUGCCCAUAUUUCACGUCAUCUGGCAGUCACAGACGUUCGUUCUACUGUUCCGAGUACUGCUGCGGGACGUCUACCGGUAAAUUCUGUUGUGACUCGUUCUUUAUCAGAUACUCCUCGAGUUAUCCCGAUAGCUUGUUCUGCCCCUUCGCCACCAGGCCACCCACAACAACAGUCCCUACGGUAGGUUCAGGAGAAUAUUGCUGCGCAUAUUACACGUCAUCUGGCAGUUACAGAAGCUCGUUCUACUGUUCCCCGUACUGCUGCGGGACAUCUACCAGUAAAUACUGCUGUGACAGGUAUUAUAACAGAUACUACCCGAGUUAUUCCUAUAGUUCGUUCUGCCCCGAAGCCCCCAGGCCACCCACAACAACAGUUAAUUCAGGAGAAUAUUGCUGCGCAUAUUUCACGACAUCUGGCAGUUACAGAGAUUCCUUCUACUGUUCCAAGUACUGUUGCGGGACAUCUACCAGUAAAUACUGCUGUACCUCGUCCUAUAGCAGAUAUUAUGGGAGUUAUUCCUCUAUUUUAUCGUGCCCCACCCCCUCAAGCAGCAGUACUACAUCAGGCAUCAUAAAUGUUACCGGUGCCAUAGUAGGCUCUGUAGUCGGUUUCAUUGCCCUGUGUGUCAUCAUAGGAGUCGUCAUCUGCUGCGCAACCGGAUGCUGUAGACAAAGGAGAGGAACAGUGACCAGGCCCCCGGGUAACGGCAUAGUAAUGUUGAAUACGCCGCCAACAACGCAAGGUCACCCAGUCGGUUACGGCCCACCACCACCGUAUCCAGGGUAUGGGCCAGAAAUUCCCCCACCGCAGCCGCCAAACACAGAGUUUGGGCCAGGAAUUUCACCACCACAGCCGCCAAACACAGGGUUUGGGCCUGGAAUUCCACCUCCCAAUAACCCAUUUGGACAAGGAUCGCCACCCAAUGCAGAUGCACCACCACUGGAUGCCGCGAAAGGAGCCGGUGAUGAUGCACCCCCUCCCCCAUACCCGGGCACUGACAAUACUUACACCGCACUCCAACGUUAAUUCAUCUGGCGCAGAUAGACUUAAAUGUGAUUUUAUAUACCAGACUGCUUGUUAUGUUUUUUUUAUGUUUGACUAAUUAUUUCGUGUCUGUUCUAAAACUAAAGAUAAAAAGUACCGUGGCCUUGUCUUACCAAAAGUUUUUUAAAAGUAAAUAAUUAGAUGUAAAUUAAUCUAUCCAUGUCGAUUAGUGAGUAUUAAGGUAGGACUUUAAAAUAUGGAGAAAGAUUACUGUGAACUUUUUGAACUUUUUAUCAAAUGAUUUUAAGGUUUUCCUUUUUAUAUAAUGUAUAAGUUACCGAAUUAUGAAUG